AUGUCCCUGCGCGGCGGCCGCGGGCUGCCCGGGCUGGCGGCCGUGUCCCCGCUGCCCUCCCCGGGCACAGCCCCGGUCACGCAGCUGGUGCUGGACAGGGCUGAGAGCCCGGACAGGCACCGGGAGACCCCGAGGAGGGGGCACAGACGGCCGCUCCACACGCGGCUGUGGCACCCACUGGUCCCGGAGCCACUGGCCUGGGACCGUGCCCGUCCCCGGGACUCGGCCUCCUGGCAGCCGACGGAUGCAGGAUCGGGGCCGGACUCCCACACGAGGCAGAGCCCCGCAGCCGUGCAGGAAGACUUCCAGAAAACCAUCGCGGAGUUUGGGAGAGAUCUCAAAUACAGGAAGCUCCUUCGCCAGAGGAUCACCUCCUUGUCGUGCCAGCUGGAAGCCAGCCCGGUGCUGAAGGACACCUCCCAGCUCCAGGUGCGCAGGGACAGAGUGUUGCGGCGCCAGAGGGAGCCCGAGGAUGAGGAGGGAUUUGUCCCCAAGAAGCUGCAGAGGCUGGGCCAGCGGAGACGGCUGCCCGCCGGCCACGGAGCUGCCAGGAGGGACCUCCUUGCCAAGAGCCCCUGCGGUGCGUCAGAGCUGCUGGUGAGAGAGGCUGGAGCGAUCAGGAGGAACCACGGAUGGGUGAUCAUGAGCAAAGUGGCAUCUGCAGCUCCAACCUCCCCUGGAGGCGUGUGCAUGUCGGAGAUGGGCGGGCUGGGGGGUCAUGGGGACACCCUGACGCCAAAGCUGCGAGGCACUGGGAGCUGGAUGGACUUUGGGUACGGGACCCGUCCCUGCCUGGGGGUAGGAAUCAGCUGGCAGGAUUGUCCCCUUCACGAUCUCCUCUGCCUCUCCCCCAAGUUCCCCCAGCUGCUGCAGUGGCAGAGUGAUGCCACCGUGCCCUCGGGGAUGGAGAAGUCGGUGACCACGCCAGUUAUAAAGAAGAAGGAGGCAAAGCGGCGCCCGGGCAAGCGCGGCCAGUGUCGGCAGCUCUUCCGCUCGCCCUCGGUGCCCGGCAGUGUCCCCGGGCCCCUCCCGAAGCGAGGACUUCCCUCGGACAGGGACAGCCCUGCCAAUGCCAAGUGGCAGAGAAGGGUGGCCGGCAGCCCUGAGCAGGAGGCGUCACUGGAGCCGGGAGUGUGGCUGGAGCCCUACAGGUCUGCCCAGCUCGAGGAGAUCGAGAACCUGCUGGCCAGCGAUGACCAGGAGCUCAUUGGGGACUUCUCCAAGCCUCACCUCCUGCCGACGGUGGAGGGGAAGGACCCGGCCCUGAAGUACAUCUCCCCUGGCACGCUGGCGGCGGUGCUGUCGGGGCACUACAGCAGCUUCAUCGAGAGCAGCGUCGUCGUGGACUGCCGGUACCCCUACGAGUACGAGGGCGGCCACGUCAAGGGCGCUGUCAACCUGCCGCUGCAGCGGGACGCGAUGGAAUUCCUGCUGGAGCGGCCCAUCGUGCCCCAGGAGGCCGGCAAGAGGGUGAUCAUCAUCUUCCACUGCGAGUUCUCUGUUGAGCGGGGGCCCAAAAUGUGCAAAUUCCUGCGGGAGAGGGAUCGCUCCUGCCACGAGUAUCCGCAGCUGCACUAUCCCGAGCUCUACGUCUUGAAGGGGGGGUACCGCGAGUUCUUCUUCCAGUUCCCGGGCCACUGCGAGCCCCGGGACUAUCGGCCCAUGGAGCACCCGGCGUUCAAGGAGGAGCUGCGCAAGUUCCGCGGGCAGAGCCGGCGCGGGCGGCGGGCGCUCUUCGUCCUCUGA